AUGUUUGAAAAAAAUAUACUUUCAGAAGUGAAAUUGGUCGACGAAAUCAUAGAGAAUGUAACAUUAGAAAUAGACGAAAAGACAAUACAAUAUACAGAUCUCUGCACACGUAUACACAAAAAGUGCUUUAAAAAUCCUAUUAUCGAAGUAAUAUCAGAAGUGGGAAUUGAUUCCAUACUACAAAAAAGAAAAAAGCUAAAGUAUCCUGUGGAUAUAGAUCUCUUGUCUUUCACUUAUAAAGCCUAUUUUCUUAAUUUAGGAGGUGUUUCUGAAGAUAAUCAAAAUUUCGUUGAUAAAGUAAAUGCUGUUAUGUUAUUAUAUGCAACUGAUGAUAAAAAUCAAGUAAAAAACAAAUUAUUUAAAAAAUGGUCAGCUCAAGUUUAUGACACAAUUCAAAAAUAUAAUUUUUCGUAUAUCAAAGCUGUUGGAAAUUCUGCUCCAAUGAUGGAACAAGAGUUUCGAAAAGAAUUUGAUAGAACUAAACCUAAAAUUGGAGGUUUAGUCGCAAUUAUGAUUGUACUUUCGAUAUUUCUCAAUAUGAGCAAUAGCUGGGUGAAAAGUAAACCUCUUCUUGGUGUAGCAAGUGUAAUCAACGCUGGCCUGGCUGUAUCGUCGUCUUUUGGAUUAAUGGCUGCGUCGGGUGUUGAAUUCACUUACUGGAAUGCUACGAUACCAUUCUUAGUUCUUGUUACCGAGAUAGAUGAUGCUUUCGUAUUAAUAGCAUGUUGGAGAAUCUCUGAUCCCAAAUAUGCAGUUGAAAAACGCAUGGAAGUAACAUAUGGAGAAGCAGGAGUUUCCAUCACUUUGACUUCACUAACUAAUUUCAUUUCCUACUGCAUCGGGAUGAUGGCUCCUUUUCCCUUCAUUCGAAUAUUCAGUUAUUAUACUGCAACUUGUGUCGCUUUGAAUUUUGUAUAUCAGAUAACGUUUUUCGGAGGAUGCUUGGCUAUGAGUGGAUAUAGAGAAGAGCGGAAUCUUCGUUCUAGAAAAUUUGUUAGAUGUGAACAAUAUGAUGAACAUAACCAGAGUAAUAACUACAAAGAAGAAGAAUUUACUAUGGCACAUUUUAGAGAUUCAUUAGGAAAGAUAAUUUCCAAUCCAGUAGUAAAGAUAAGUAUUAUUAUAAUUUACAUUAUUAACUUAUCAUUCGGAAUAUGGAGCUUAUUUUAUAUGGAACAUGGCGUUAAGUAUGAACAAUUAUUUGCAAAAGACUCUCUAAUUACAGAAAGCUACAGAAUUGUUCAUAAGUACUUUAGACGUUAUUCCUAUCCGUUUCACAUUAUUAUUAAUGAAACGUUGGAUUACUCGGAUAUAAAGGUACAACAAUCCAUAGAAACUUUGUUGAAAAAAUUCGAGAAACAUCCAAAUAUAGCUGGAGAAGAUUACACAGUAUCGUGGUUGAAAUUCUAUAAAGAAUUUCAGAGAAGUCCCGUAGCAAAAUUUUCAUUACAAGGCUACAAUAUGUCAAAAAAGCAGGACUUUAUCGAUGGACUUCUCGAUGUGUUCUUUAAUAUCCGAGCUGCUCAAUCACUGUCUAAUGACGUCGUCUUUAACAGCAACAAAACUGACAUCCUAUACAGUAGAUUUUUUAUUAUGGGAAAAAACUUGAAUUCUUCUCACACAGAAAGGGAUACAUUAAGAGAUUUAUGGAAAUUUGCUAAAAAUUUCGAAAUUUCUGUUCUUGUGCAUUGUGUUUUGUCUGGUCUUAUAGAGCAAGGGAUCAUCAUUGGAGAAAUGAUUCAACAAUUAUUUUGGAUUACUGCUAUACUGAUAACAUCAGUUUUUCUUUUGUUUGUACCGAAUUUAUUAGUCGCAAUUACUGUUGCAAUAUCUGUCGUAACUGCAAUGGUAGAAACAUUAGGUUAUAUGUCGAUUUGGGGAGUCAACAUGGAUAUUAUAUCAAUGAUGAGUCUUAUUCUGUGUGUUGGAUUUAGCGUGAAUUAUCCUGCUCAUAUUUCGUAUGCUUAUGUCAUGUCACAAUGCAAAACACCAAACGAAAAACUAAAAGAUUCUCUGUAUCGUAUUGGUUUUCCAAUAUUUCAAGGAUCAUUGACCACGGGAAUAGGAAUAUUGAUUUUAUAUUCUGAUGUAUAUUUUCUUUGCACAUUUGCGAAAAUUGUUAUACUUGUUGCUAUAGAAACGGCUUUUCAUGCUUUGCUUUUUAUUCCUGUUAUUCUUUCUAUCAUUUAUGCUAUUUUCAAUACAUGUAUUUGA